UAUUUGCUGAAGAGAAGCGCCCAUAAAUUGCAGCUAGUAGACCAGAAAACACUCCACAUCGUGUCCAUCGGCUGUUGAUGUAUAAUGACUCCAGCUUGAACCGCCUCCGCUCUCUUCCUUCAUAGAUCGACUGUGUAUUAAUCAAUGGAAACUACGUCUACGAUCGUUGGUUGCGUGCUCAGCCCGUGGUGGUCGAUGGACAAAGGAGUAGUCGCGCGGCACACGUGCAUUUCGCUCCAAUACGUUAAAUUCCGCGCACUGAUUGGCUCAAAAAGCCUUGGUUCUCCGUAAACCGCCUCUCAUUGGCUACUCAAUUUUUUCCCUCCAUUGCUUGAUCUUCAUCUGUUUCUUUUCUUUUCCCCAGCCACAGCUGUUGUUCCCGCUCGUCGUGUUGUUUUGUCCCGUCCAGUUCUAGCUGUCUUUUCUUUUUAUUAAAAAAAUCGGUAACAUUUAGGUUAAAAUGUCCAAGGAAACGGGAAAGUCGAGCGAAGAGGAGGAACUCAAAGUCAAAGUCAUUUGCGACGAAGAUGUGGAAGAAUUGCUCUUCGUCACAGGCUCCAAAGCUGAAAAGCUUCACGGGAGCUCUGCAAAAAAGAAGAGGACUUUUUCCGCCGCCGAUAAUUUCGAGCCGUUUAUUCUCACGGACGAUGAAGACGACGAUGUCCGAGACCGAGUGCCACUCACGCCAAGAGCUCUUUUUACGGAGGAUUCUUACAACAAACCUGCACAAAAGGUGGAGCCAACUCGGCGCCGGAGAAGCAGUGCCGCUGCAUUCAACUCACUGCAAGUCAUACCUGAAACAAAGGUGAUCAGUCUGACCAAGAAGAGAGCAGCUGCUGAGGACGAGCCUUCGACGCCGGAGAGGAAGAGGAGGAGAGGAAGUGCGGAAGUGGAGGCGCCGAAAACUCCAAAAACUCCGGGCGGGAGAAGAAUGGAGCCGAAAACCCCUGAGAGUGCCAAGAGAACCCCCGGAGCCAGAAGGAAAGUUGCGGAAACGCCAAGAGUGCAGAGAUCAAAUGUGAAGAAGUGCAUCAACAAAAUGCUGGAUGAGGAUGACAGUGACCUGCAGUACAGUGACAGUUCCAGUGAGAGCGACGAGGAAGAAGACGAGGUCCCUGACAAAAGGAACAGGACAACUCCAAACAGGGCAACUGCUCAGGAGGAAUCAAAGCAGAAAAUUAUCAAACAGGCCAAGUCCUUCUCAGCCGAGGAUUAUUUCGAUGCCCAUGUUUCGUUCAAAGUUAUGACAUCGAAUCACUCUCUGCAAAAGCUGGAAAAGCCCAGACUGGACCAAGAAACCAUUCAAGAAGCUCUUCAGUCAAUGACCAAGAAACACGAAAAGGAGUGCAAAGCCAUCACAAAGAAUCUGGAGACAAAAUUUGAACGCUGGCAGUGCUUGUUGCUGGAAGGAUUUUCGCUUCUCCUCUACGGCCUGGGCUCGAAGGCGGCCCUUUUGAAUUCGCUGAGAAAAUUUGUUUCCUCCGACGAGGAUGAUGCUAUUGUCAUCAAUGGCUUCUUCCCAACUCUAACUCUUAAAGAUAUCUUUACAUCUAUAAUCAGAGACAUAAUGGAAAUGCCUGCGGUGCCUGGAGACGAGAACGAGUGUUGCAAUCUUAUUCUACGACAGUUCAACCGACCCGACUCUCAGCACCUCUACUUGCUCAUCAACAACCUGGACGGCCAAGCCUUGCAGUCCACCAAGGCGCAGAAUGUCAUUGCCAGGAUUUCGACAGCCAAGAAAAUCCACUUGGUGGCCUCAAUCGACCACAUCAACGCACCCCUAUUGUUGGACCAAGGUCUGUUGGCAAAACUGAAUUUGGUGUGGCAAGAUGCGACGACCAUGCUCCCGUAUAACGAAGAGACUGCUUUUGAAAAUUCGGUCAUGGUGCAGCAGAGUGGCAAAAUGGUGCUCGCCUCUUUGCACAGCGUCUUUCAGUCACUCACUUCGAAUGCAAAGAAGAUUCUCAACAUCCUCAUGGAAAAACAACUUGAAGUCAAGGAAGCAAAUUACUCUGGAAUGUCAUUCCGAGAUUUAUACCACGAGGCUAGGGAGCAGUUUAUUGUGAGCAGCGAUCUGGCCCUGCGAGCGCAACUGACUGAAUUUUUGGAUCACAAAUUGGUCAAAGUCAAGAAAGGCUUUGACGGAUCAGAAAUGCUGCACCUGCCUUUACCUCACGCCAUCCUGCGAGAGUUCAAAUCGUCUCACAAUUUUGAUAUGUAGAUUUUUAACACCAAAAUGUGAUAUUUGUUUAAUUUUAUCAAAAGGAAUCGAAGAAACAACUCUUUAAAGUAACUUACACUAAUGAUUGUUUAUUUUGUUAGUAAACACAGAUAUAUAUUUGCACAGA